AUGGCUUGCACCCCGACAGUGACGACCGAGCUAUCUACGCAGACUCUGACUCUCUACGGUCCAACUAGAACCGCUGUCACCCAACUAGUCACUUCGACUUACACCAGCCGGGGUCCUUCGACGACGUCGUCAUGCAUAUCAUUCGGGAGGCCCUGGGAGACCGCUGCUGGUGACGAUAACGAGGAUGACGGUGACGACGAUGACGGGGAAAGAGGGGCUGAUUGGAACCCUGAUGGGGAUCGUGGCUGGAGGUAUGGUCGAUGGAGACGCCGUCAGCAACGCUCUGUGCUUGCCUCCAUCAGGCCGCGACAAAACGGUCGCUUCUGCGCUGAAUGGGCUGCCGUAGCAAACACGGUCACAUCGCGAGAAGUUACAACAUUGACGAGCUUCAGGCAAGUCAUCCGCAGCGAGGUCUGGACAUUCACUCCAAGCUGUUCUGCGUCACCCACCACACAACCCACGCAGAAUUCUGCGCCAUCAUCCUCCUCAACGCGCGUCACAGCAAAUCCUGUCGCUGUUUCAGGCGCGGCGACUUCUUCUCCGCGAGAGGCGCAGCCCAUCGAGACGGCAUUCUUGCAAGGUGGACCCUCCGAGGUCUCUUCUUCCUCGACCAUGAUCAUCGUCGCAAGUGAUAUACAAUCAUCAGGAUCGCCUACCGAUGCCAGCCUUCUCUCCGCGAUCGAGACAGCUAGUAAUUUGGGCAGUAUGGGGCACUCUGAAAUUGGAACGAUACACACAACCUCGACUCGAGCCGGGAGCAUUGAAGCUCAGCUCAGCUCAGCAGGCGACAAGAUCUCCACAGAAGUAAUCCUCACAGCGUCUCAUGCUCCAACUCUGACCGGGACCUCCCCUGUCUCUUCCUCUACGGUAGAGGAAGGGAAAAGCGGGAACGACGUCGGCGGUAUCGUUGCUGGAACGAUUGGUGGCAUAGCAGCUGUUCUCCUGCUAGUGGCAGCCUGGCUCUGGUGGAGAAGGAAACAGAGAGACAAGCAAACCACAUUGAUAUUCGCUCCUGACAUGCGCAGUCCUGCUCCUGCCGUGAACGACGAUUACCCUCACUCGAUUACGAGCGUUUCUGAGAGACCUCUCUUGGUGUCGAGAUUCAGCCAUGGCAGUUCUCUCCGGUCGCUAGGCGGAUCGACGCAUCUCUUCGGCAGAAGGUGGACUGGUUCCUGGUUUCGACCGAUCUCUGUGUUCGGUCCUGCCUCACCUCAAACGCCGCAAGUCCCUCCGGUCCCACCUCGAUUCCGGAACAUCCCUAUCGACACGGGCUCUGAUGAGGGUCACGUCUACCAUUACGGGCGGGCUGUAACGCCUGUCCGUCAAAACCAGAAUCAACUCCUCGGAGCACCCUUGGGAGGCGAACAACCCCGGAUGUUACAGCGGGCCGGAGCAAGGGUGACGCUCACGCCCGCCGAUGAUGAGCAGAUCAGUACUCGUACACUCAGUCUGUCAGGCCUGUCAGCAACUUCUUUGGCAUACCACGCGCGAGAGGGCGACGACCUGAGUCGUUACCCAACCAACGAGUCCAACCGUCCUGGUGACGAAAGCAGACGAGAAGGAUCUUGGGACGAGAGACCCAUCUGGAGGGAAGUCUUGCGAGACAGUGGUAUCAACCCGGUCACGUCUCGCAAUCAUCCCAGCACGUUCUAG